GGAAGUUGAUGACCCAUGGGAAAGAGAAGUCUAUUGUUCUUGCACCUUCGCAAUAUCUUGUUUGAUAUAAAGAGUAUGACAGUUGCGAAGAGGUUUAUAAACUCAACUUUCCCUGAGGUUGAUCGUCGUGGAGCUCGGGAAGAGAUAUAUUUUGAUUGUUGGGGUGUGGUAGGCUGCAAACUUGUGAAUGCUCUAUCACAGGAGUUUUUUGAAACCCUUAGAGAACGUAAUGCUUUGGCGAAGGAGAAGGAGAAAUUGGGAAAGAAGAAGGACGAAGUGGAGAAAGACCUAGCAGAGGUCAUGCCAGAGCUUAGACCACAAGAGAAGAAGAUUGAGGGAAUGAAGAAGGCUAUUGUUGAGCUGAAGAAAAAUGUGAACUUGCUAGUUCACAAUGCGAUGAAGGAGCAUAUUGUUAGGUUCUUGAAGUCCAGCACUUUUGACAACAUUGUGAACCUCUACCGGCUUUCUACAGCGAUUUUGGCAUUCUCCGACUGUAGAAAGAAGGUGAAACCCCAACAUCCCGAACUGGAUGUGACUGACAUCACCUUCGGGGAACAAGAAAGAGGGGUGGAGGAAGAUGGAGAAAAGCAUGAGAGCUUACUUUCGCCCUGAAGUCAAGUUGAAAUGGGACCACGAUAGUAAAGGUCAUACCAUCUUUCCUCCUAACUUUGACUUCAAAUUUGUUGCAGUUGAAGAAGAAAUAGAAGUCAGAGUACUGAGGUUGGAGGUGUUGAGAUUGAGGAGAAUGAGCUAGAGGUCAGAAGUGUUGAAAUCAAUCAGCAAUCCUUAC